GGCGGCGGCGGCGGGCCCGCGUGGAUUGUGUGCACCUGCCUCCCUCCAACACGCGUGCCAAGCAGGAGCAGCCCAGAGGGAGGCAAAGGGGAGAGGGAGAAAGAGAGAGAGAUUGGGGGAAGGCAUGAGGAGGGUGGGGACUCGCAAGGGAGAGGAUUGAGAGAGGGAGACGCGCACACGCCUCCCUCCCAUUCGCUCUCCAAUCCCCUCCAAAGCCGGGUGCAUUAUUCCCGCGCGAGGAUUUUCCUCCCGAGGAGCGGAUUUCCCUGCUCCGCCGGGCGCCGGGCUGCCCACUCGGCCCCACGAGACGGAGAUGCGCCCGCCCAGGACCCUUCCCGGCCAGGGGAGGGAGGAAGAAGGAGCACACCCAGCCCGGCAGGUCAUAAGGAUCCUGGAGUAGCCAACAAGACGACACGCCAUGGACCCUGCUGCCUUCCCGCGACUCUGGCUGUGGGCACUGUGGGUUUGGGGAUCCAGCCCCAGUUGGGUGUUCGGCCAAGCACCCACCCAGCCUCACUCGAUCAAGAUAGAAGGGGAAAUAACACUAGGAGGGCUCUUCCCCGUUCACUCUCGAGGCCCAGCCGGCGUGCCCUGUGGAGCCGUGAAGAAGGAGAAGGGGAUUCACCGGAUGGAGGCCAUGCUUUAUGCUCUGGAUCAGAUUAACAGUGACCCCAACGUGCUCCCCAACAUCACCCUGGGGGCCCGGAUCCUGGACACUUGCUCUCGCGACACAUACGCCCUGGAGCAGUCAUUGACUUUUGUCCAAGCCCUGAUCCAGAAAGACACUUCCGACGUGCGCUGCUCCAAUGGCGAGCCCCCCAUCAUCACCAAGCCAGAAAGAGUGGUAGCUGUCAUUGGGGCCUCUGCCAGCUCUGUCUCCAUCAUGGUGGCCAAUGUGCUUCGCCUCUUUGCCAUCCCACAAAUCAGCUACGCCUCCACUGCUCCUGAACUCAGCGACAGCAACCGCUACGAUUAUUUCUCCCGGGUGGUGCCUCCUGACUCCUACCAGGCUCAAGCAAUGGUGGACAUUGUCAAAGCACUGGGCUGGAAUUAUGUCUCCACACUGGCUUCUGAGGGGAAUUAUGGUGAAAGUGGUGUUGAUGCCUUUGUGCAGAUCUCCCGAGAGGCUGGUGGCGUCUGCAUAGCGCAGUCUAUCAAGAUCCCACGGGAACCUAAACCUGGGGAGUUUGACAAGCUGAUCAAGAGGUUGAUGGAGACCCCCAAUGCCCGUGGCAUCAUCAUCUUUGCCAAUGAGGAUGACAUCAGACGGGUCCUGGAGGCAGCCCGCUUUGCCAACCUGACUGGGCAGUUCUUGUGGGUGGGCUCCGACAGUUGGGGGGCCAAGAUCUCCCCUAUUCUGAAGCAAGAGGAGGUGGCUGAAGGAGCUGUUACUAUCUUACCCAAGCGAGCUUCCAUUGACGGCUUUGACCAAUAUUUCACCACACGCUCCUUAGAGAACAAUCGGCGCAACCUCUGGUUUGCCGAAUACUGGGAGGAAGACUUCAAAUGUAAACUGACUCGUCCAGGGAUGCAGCCGGAGGAGGGAGCGCGGAAAUGCACCGGGGAAGAGCGGAUUGGACGAGAUUCUACAUAUGAACAGGAGGGAAAGGUGCAGUUUGUCAUUGAUGCCGUCUAUGCCAUGGCCCAUGCUUUGCAUAACAUGCACCUUGACCUCUGCCCGGGCUACGCUGGGGUGUGUGAGAAGAUGGAUCCCAUUCAUGGACGUACCUUACUGAACUACAUCCUUGCUGUGAACUUUAAUGGCAGUGCUGGGACCCCUGUGAUGUUCAAUGAAAAUGGAGAUGCACCCGGCCGCUAUGACAUUUUCCAGUUUCAACUGACAAACACUUCAGCCCCUGGGUACAAAGCCAUUGGGCAGUGGACAGAAUACCUGCGCCUGAAUAUUGAGGAUAUGCAAUGGUCAGGGGGUCAGAAGGACAUCCCCUCUUCAGUGUGCAGCCUUCCUUGCAAUCCAGGUGAGAGGAAGAAGAUGGUGAAGGGAGUGCCCUGCUGCUGGCACUGCGAGCUUUGUGACGGCUACCAGUAUCAACUGGACGAGUUCACCUGCGAGAUGUGCCCCUUCGACAUGCGGCCCAACCAAAACCGCACAGCCUGCCGCCCAACACCCAUUGUCAAACUGGAGUGGAGUUCUCCUUGGGCCGUAUUGCCCAUCUUUUUGGCCAUUCUGGGCAUCCUUGGCACCACUUUCAUUGUCAUCACCUUCAUCCGGUUCAAUGACACACCCAUCGUUCGCGCCUCAGGUCGUGAGCUGAGCUAUGUCCUGCUCACAGGGAUUUUCCUCAUCUACUCCAUCACGUUUCUGAUGAUCGCUGAGCCUGGGGUUGCUGUCUGCGCUUUGCGCCGUCUCUUCUUGGGCUUGGGAAUGGCCAUUAGCUACUCAGCUUUGCUAACCAAAACCAACCGCAUCUACCGUAUCUUCGAGCAAGGCAAGAAGUCUGUGACGCCACCCAAGUUCAUCAGCCCCACCUCGCAGCUAGUCAUCACAUUCAGCCUCAUCUCUGUACAACUUGUAGCUGUGAUCAUAUGGCUGGGGGUCGCCCCUCCACACAGCAUCAUUGACUUUGAAGAGCAGCGUACACCCAACCCUGAGUUCGCCCAAGGGGUGCUGAAGUGUGACAUGUCCGACCUCUCCAUCAUCUCUUGCCUCAGCUACAGUAUCAUUUUGAUGGUCACCUGCACUGUCUAUGCUAUCAAGGCCCGCGGUGUGCCCGAGAACUUCAAUGAGGCCAAGCCCAUUGGCUUCACCAUGUACACAACUUGCAUCGUUUGGCUGGCCUUUGUGCCCAUCUUCUUUGGCACAGCACAAUCAGCAGAGAAGAUCUACAUCCAGACAACCACGCUGACCGUCUCUAUGAGCCUGAGCGCCUCGGUUUCCCUCGGGAUGCUCUACGUGCCCAAAGUCUACGUCAUCAUCUUCCACCCGGAGCAGAAUGUCCAGAAGCGCAAGCGGAGCUUCAAAGCGGCUGCCACAGCCGUCAACGCCUCCACCAGACUCUCCCAGAAGGGUGCCCAGAAUGGCGAGAGCAAAGAUGAUAAGCCGGAUAGCGUCCCUAAGGUGAUGUACAUCAGCUACACAGAACUGACCAUGGUGCCCACAUAACUGAAGGAAGAGGAAACGAGCACUGAGGGGGUGGGUGGGCAGGGUGUGACACGGUUUUUGUGGGGAUGAGAGAGUGAAGCCCCUGGGAAGGAGCUGGGGUGGACAUAUGGUGGGGAAUAAACCUGUAUUUUUACAAAA